AUGGACUGUCCUACCGUCAUGAAGAAUUACCGGAUCAAGAGGCCCAUCAUCUGCGAUUGGGGUGGGGGAAAUGAAAACCCGCAGACCCAUCUCACGCGGAACGAGCAGGAGCAACUGCGGCAGCGCCGGCAACACCUCCAACUAUCAGAUCACCGAUCGGUCUUGCUGGGAGAACGAAAAACAACUAAUGACUGGUUUUGUGGUGGUACCUUGAUUAGCGAUGACUACGUCCUCACGUCUGCUCACUGUUUUGAAGGAGACAGAAGACUGGACGUGAUUCGACUGGGUGAGCACGAUUUGAAUUCUGACACGGAAAGUGUACCUGUAGUGGAUAUCAGCCCUGCCCAGGAUGGAAUCAUAAUUCAUCCUGACUUCAAAUCUCCUGCUCGCUAUGCUGACAUCGCUCUCAUCCGGUUGUCGAAGCCGGUGAAUUUCACUAAGGAAAUCCUGCCAGCUUGUCUCCACAAUUCCAAACAGCGUCUUGAUCUCAGUCCCGAAACGGUGCUCACUUUCGCCGGAUGGGGCACCGUUGGAUACGGGCAAGAGUUGAGUCCAACAUUGCAGGAGGUGAAGGUGCCGCUGGUAGACUUGCAAUCCUGUAAUGCAGCCUAUUCCAAAAUAUAUAGGAAAGUCGUGCAAAUUCCCGAUGGAAUUACGGACCGGAAUUACAUGCUGUGCGCCGGGAAAAAGGGCAAAGACUCCUGCCAGGGUGAUUCGGGAGGAGCUCUGCUGUACGAAGACCCCAAGAGCAGCCGGUUCAUGGUUGUGGGGAUAUCUUCCUUCGGGUAUGGCUGCGGGGUUGAUGGAGUCCCCGGAGUCUACACUAAAGUCGCUCCAUUCCAAGCAUGGAUUAAUAGGAUCGUGUUCCAAAGAUGAUCCGUCCAGUUCGUCUACUUCAUUCCACAAAUUUGAUCUCAUCAAUGAUAUAUUUUUGCAUAAUCUUUUUGCAGUUAUUGAGUUUAAUAUCAUUGGAAAGGGCACUUCUGAUGUCCGAAAUUAUGUAAUAAAAGUGUUUCUUUGUUCAUGGAA